AUGACACGUUUUAGUCGUAGUCGAACGCAACAAUCUGUCGAUAUCGAUAUCAGUGAUACGAAACCAAUUCGGAAAAGUAGCGAUGAUAGUUUAUCAUCAUGGAGGAACUCAUUGGUCAAUUCAAAAAUG